UCUUUUUCUUGAGUGGGGGGUAGACAUUUGUCUGUUGGGAGAAGAAACGGAAGGGAAGGUAUGUGGAUUUUCGGCAGAAAAGGUGAAUCUGGGUAUUCAGCAUGUUCAACGGCUGAGGAAGUCACAGAUGGGAUUGAUGGAACUGGCCUGGUUGCCAUUGUUACUGGAGCAUCUAGCGGUAUUGGCACUGAGACAGCACGUGUUCUUGCAUUGCAUGGCGUUCAUGUGGUGAUGCCGGUUAGGAAUUUGCCUGCUGGAAGGGAUGCCAAAGAAACCAUCAUCAAGGAAAUACCUGCUGCUAAAGUUGAUGUAAUGGAGUUAGAUCUCAGCUCAAUGGAAUCAGUGAGGAAAUUCGCAUCGGAAUUCAUUUCCUUGGAUCUUCCACUGAACAUUCUAAUUAACAAUGCAGGAAUUAUGGCUUGUCCGUUUACUCUCUCCCAAGAUGGCAUAGAGCUGCAGUUUGCGACAAACCACUUAGGUCACUUUCUUUUGACAGAGCUUUUGUUGGAGACCAUGAAAAAUACAGCUCGCGAAAGUAACAUAGAAGGAAGAAUUGUUAACCUUUCGUCUGAAGGUCACAAGUUUACAUACCGUGAAGGAAUCCAUUUUGAUAAAGAUAAAAUCAAUGACCAGUCCGGGUACAGUACCAUCUACGCAUACGGCCAGUCAAAGCUUUCCAAUAUAUUGCAUGCGAAUGAGCUUUCUAGACGUCUAAAGGAAGAAGGGGUGGAGAUAACUGCCAAUUCAGUCCAUCCAGGAGCUAUCGUCACCAAUCUUCUGCGGCAUCAUGGUUUUUUAAAUGGCAUUGCUAAUAUGCUUGGUAAAUACGUACUCAAAAACAUUCCCCAGGGGGCUGCAACGACAUGCUACGUGGCAUUGCAUCCGCAGGUCCAAGGAGUAAGCGGCAAGUAUUUUAUGGACAGCAACAUAGCCACCCCAAGCUCCCAGGGUACCGAUGCGGAGCUGGCAAAAAAAUUGUGGGAUUUCAGCUUGGAUUUGACCCGUUGAUUCUAUUGUGGAGUGGGGCACAAGCAAAGAAUGCUAGGAAAUGAACGGAAUGCAAGACUGAAAAUUAAGAAAAGCACUGGAGGUUUUAUAUAUGUAUAGUAUAUAUAGACUUUGAUUGGUUGAUAG